UGUUCUGUUUGUCUCUUGAUAAAGAGUAUAAAAGCUAAACGCAACGAUUCGAUUGACAACCAUUCCAAAAUAUUCCACUUUCGAAGUGCGUAAUUCGUGGCACAAUCGCAAAAAGCUCUGACGAAAAUUUAAGCAAAAAAUUUCAAAAGUAUUGUUUAUUAUUGAACGCAAUCAUCACCAGUAUAAAGAUGGCCCUUAAAUUCGAUAUCAAGCACCGCUUCGCAUCUAGCCGUGUCAAGUGCGUUGACCUGCAUCCGACCGAACCGUGGAUGUUGUGCGCUCUUCACAAUGGCCACGUACAGAUCAUGAACUAUAAGACCCAGCAAUUGGUCAAAGAUUUCGAGCUAUGCGAUCUUCCUGUGCGCUCCGCUCGCUUCGUGGCUCGCAAAAAUUGGAUUAUAACCGGCUCCGAUGAUAAGCUCAUCCGUAUUUUCGACUGUAAAACGAUGGAGCAGGUCCACUCCUUUGAGGCGCACUCCGAUUUCGUGCGCUGCAUUGCAGUGCAUCCCACAGAGCCCCUGGUGCUGACCAGCAGCGACGAUAAGCUUAUCAAAUUGUGGAACUGGGAGAAGAUGUGGGAAUGUCAGCGCAUCUUUGAGGGUCACACACACUAUGUCAUGCAGAUUGUGUUUAACCCGAAGGAUAAUAACACCUUUGCCUCCGCAUCCUUGGAUCGUACCGUUAAGGUGUGGCAGCUGGAUUCGGUGUCUGCCAACCUUACAUUGGAGGGGCACGAGAAGGGUGUCAAUUGUGUGGACUACUAUCAUGGCGAUGACAAGUCGUAUUUGGUUUCGGGCGCAGAUGAUCGCUUGGUUAUGAUCUGGGAUUAUGAGAACAAGACCUGUGUACAAACACUCGAGGGGCAUGCACAGAACAUUACGUCUGUUUGUUUCCACCCCGAGUUGCCCAUUGUGCUGACGGGCUCCGAAGAUGGAACCGUGCGUAUCUGGCACUCGGACACAUACUGUUUGGAGACCAGCCUCAACUAUGGCUUUGAGCGUGUGUGGUCCAUUUCAAGUAUGUGUGGCAACAACAACGUUGCCUUGGGGUGCGACGAGGGCUCCAUCAUUAUCAAAGUAAGCAGCGAGGAACCGACCAAGUCCAAGUGAUAAGGUUGCUUCGGCUCUGCCGGCAACAAUAGCCACCAGUAGCGCAAAUUCCAGCCCAAAUUCACGGCGACGAAUGCACAUAUUGAUUGCCUUACGUUCUGCUUAAUAAACAUCAACAAUUGGAACUUAAAAUGCCGAUGAAGACGUCAGCGUUGCCACAUCGAAAAAGUGUUUACACGUCCAUUGUCAAAAGUUUAUCAAAAUUCAAAUUUCCUUUAUUCUUAAAAGUAUUAAAUAAAUGGUUUUAUUGUCACUUAAA